UCACAGAACGACACGCUGUAGACAGUCACUGACGGAGGUGCUCAGACUAGAGUACUUCAUGUCUGCACACUGUUACUAUAGACAACCUGACUACCAAACAAGGAACCGCACCUCUGCUUGUUCAGAGAGAUGUGUAACUGCAUUAACCUCACAGAGCUGCAUUUUCACACUCGUGGAGUGUUAUUAUCUUGGUGAAGAAAAUGUCUCACACACUUGUUUUUAUACGUCUGUUUUUGUGGUACCUAGUUGGUGUGUCUGGUGUUGAGACGGAUCAAACGAAGUCAGCAGAAGUGAUGGAGGGAGAUUCUGUCACUCUACACACUGAUCUGACUGAAAUACAGGGUGAUGAUCUGAUUCUCUGGACAUUUGGACCGAAAGACACGCACAUAGCUAAAAUCAAUAAAGCACACAAUGAGAUCUUUCAUGACGGUGUUGAUGGGAGAUUCAGAGACAGACUGCACCUGGACAAUCAGACCGGAUCGCUCACCAUCACAAACACCAGCACAGAGCACUCUGGACCUUAUAAAAUAGAAAUUGUCACUGAAAACAGGGUCUCAAUCAAGACUUUCAGCGUUACAGUCUACGCUUCUCUUUCCAUUCCUGUCAUCAGCAGUUACUCUCCAUCAAAUCCCUCGUCAUCUGAAAGAUCACCAAGCUCCAGAUGUGUGCUGCUGUGUUCAGUGGUGAAUGUGACACAGGUGACUCUGUCCUGGUUCGAGGGAAACAGUUUACUCUCCUCCAUCAGUGUCCCGGAGCUCAACACCACCAUCUCUCUACACCUGGAGCUGGAAUAUGAGGAUAACAACACCUACAGCUGUGUGCUCAACAAUCCCAUCAGUCACCGGUCCAAACAUCUCAACAGCUCUGAUUUCUGUCAGCCAGAGGAAUGUACUUGUAUUUAUUGUAUCCAUGGUCCAACUGAAGCUGUGAUCCGAUUGGUCAUCUCGGUUCUGGUGGGUGUGGCAACUGUUACUGUGCUGAUUUAUGAGAUCAGAUCCAGAAGAGUUUGACAGAACAGGAGAGCAAAUCCAGCUGAAAAGCUCCUUUGAUAUGAUAUGUUAUUGAAAAUGCAGCAAUGACAAUUAUCUGUUUGCAAAUAAUCUAUAUAUGGAUCCAGUCACUCUCUGUGCGGAUUAAUGAACUCGUACAGUCAGUACUUUGAGUAUUACAUGACAUUGCUUUAGUUCAGAUUUUCAGAAAAGUGUGUUGUGACAUUUUUCUUCUUAAAUGCAUAAAAUGAUUCACAGAGGCCAUUCGUCACUUUCUCACAACAGUGCUUAAGUUAUCACAGGAGUUUCUGUGUUUAUACACAAGUUCUUUGUAAAUAUGUAAAUUACUGAUUUGGCUUUGCUGCAGAAAAACAUAGAUUUAUUCAUUUUGCUGUCAUAACUGUAUUAAUACAUUCGUAUUAUGUGCAGAACCAGACGUUCUUUCAGUCCAGUGGUAAGAAAUUAAUUAUAAAGUUAUGAAUCAGUUGAAUAUAUUAUAAAAUGUACAAUGUCUAUCAAUAAAUUUACUCAUUUAAAAAGUUGUGCUGCAGUCAUUGGUCAUUUGGAAGAACUGACUUUAUCUACAUACAAAGUGCAGUGCUGAAGGAAAGGUCAAAUGUGGUUACAGUUUUCAAAGUGUGGUACAAGUGUGAUUAUUACUGGGGACUUAUUUUGGUUGCCAAAACAUGCUGUAAACAAACACUUUUAAUGCUCUUCACAGUACAAAUAAAAAUACUCAUUGGAGCGUUUGCCCGUCUCCUA